CCAAAGUUGAUUAUUUUUCUGCUUAAAUACUUUUUGUAGUCGUUCAAGUAAACAUCAUCAGUUUCCCUAUUAUUUAUGUAAAUCUUUUUAUUUUGUUACUUUUUUGUUAUCAGUUUUACUACGUUUUAAAUUUGUUAUGUUAAUCACCAAUUUAGUUGUUUUACUUACCCUUUUACCCUCUUUAGGAUGGUCCUUUGAAUUUGAUGAUGAUGACGAUGAUGACAUUGGAUCUAAAAUUGAUUCUGUUUUGAAUGCAGUUCACUCACUUGGCACACCAAAGGAUCGUUUGGAUAAGACAUUGGAUGGAACAUUUAAAUUCAGUAAAGAAUUGUUGAAAUCUGUUUUGAGUUCCAUUCAAGCUGAAAUUGAAAAAUCAAAAGAUGAAAAAAUAUCCCAUAAAUUUGCAAAACUCAGUCCUACAACCAAAGAAAAGCUUACUUGGUUGGCUUUUAAUAAAGUAUUUGGCCAAGCAAUGGAUUCCUUUGAAAAGCUGAUUCUAGGUGAAGCUCUUGAUAUUUUACCUCAAUUGAGGCUUAGUCGCAGCUGUACAAUAACCCUGUUCAAGGCACUCAAUGCAAUCAAGCAUCAAAAAUCUUGGAUCUUCAAAAUGAUUGAUGCAACUGGUCGUCCCUUUUCAGCUGGUCUGAUGGAUGGAACAAUUACUGAUUUUGGUUCCUUCGACCAAUGCAUUGGACUUGAACUCCCUCUAAAAAUUAAACCUUCUGGUUCAAUAGUAGAAGUUGAUGAUUCAAGGGUUUCUUUUGAGCAAAAUUUGGGUCAAAGUAUUCGUGGUCAAUACUGCAUGGUUACAUAUAAUAUAUACUUGCCACCAAGACCUGAACAUUUGAAUUUACAGAGUCGCAUUUUCAACUUCACAAAUACACCAAUUGAAGGAACAUUUCUAGAAGAAAUAGCAGAAUUGAUUCAUGUUUGCUAUGAAAGAGUCGGUCGAGUUGGCGUCUGUAUUCCCUCUUCGUGUUCCAAAGACGAUUUUGAACAAAUUAUUGAUUACUCAUUGAAAGGUAUUCAUAUGCAUGCCAAUGUAAGUCACUGUGAAGUUGAAAAAGGUUACGAGUUUAACAGACUUCAAUCGAUAAUUCUUGGCGUCUUUGGUUUUCUUGGCUUUUCAUCCCUUGUUGGAACCUUGUUUGACUUGAUUAUCAACCCAAUAAUCAACAAAAAGUCACUGGAUGAUGGAAAGAAGAGCAGUUUUACAUGCCUCCUCAAACCCAAUAGUUGCAUCCAUUCAAUUUUAAUGUCAUUCUCCAUUUUACGCAAUUUAUCUUCACUCAUGGAAACUCGGACUAAACAGGGUUCACUCAAUGCCAUCAAUGGAAUCAGAGUGCUUUCCAUGUCAUGGAUUGUGUACACUCACACCUACCUGAUACCAAUCAAGGAGACUUUUGCCUUUGCAAGAAGUUACAUUUUUGCUGUUCAAAGUUUCCUUUUUCAAUUCAUCCUCAACGGCUGGGUUUUGGUUGAUACAUUUUUUUGCAUUGGAGCACUGCUUUUAGUUUACACAACACUUGGCUCACUUCACAGGACUGGUCGGAUAAAUGUUUGUGAAUUGUUUCUCAAUCGGAUUGCUCGAUUUUUCCCUUCCGUUUUGUCAACUUUGGCUCUGCUCUUUUUGAUUCCUUCCCUUGGAACUGGACCCUUGUGGUCAGAAUAUUUCAACUAUCAGCUAGACAAGUGCAGCAAUUAUUGGUGGGCAACUUUACUCUUUGUAAAUAAUUGGUUUCCAGAGGCAAAAAUUUGUAUGCUCCACACUUGGUACAUUUCGGCUGAUAUGCAGCUUUACAUUGUAGGAAUCGCACUUCUCAUUGCAUUUUACAAGUUUGGUAAACGUUCACUUUGGUUGGCUUAUGCUACAAUAUCGAUCUCCAUGCUUUCAGUCUUUUUACGCACUUACUUACAAUCGGCAGCACCAACAGUAAUUUACAAUUCACCAUCAGAGGUCAUUACAGAUGGAGCAGCUCUUUCAAUCUACACUCCAACUUAUAUACAUUUAGGCCCUUAUUGUGUUGGACUUAUUGCCGGUUUCUUCAUUUAUUACAAGAAAAAUGUUAACCUCUCAUGGCCAGUCACAUUUACUUGCUGGGCUCUCUCUAUGGCUGGUCUUUUUACAAUCUUGUUUUAUACUUACACAUGGAAUAUUGGAGAUCAAUGGACACCUUUAUCUGCCGGUUUUUAUGCAACUUUCCAUAGAACAUGUUGGUCAAUUUGUAUUUCAUGGGUUAUUUUUGCCUGUGUUUCUGGCUAUGGCGGAAUAAUUGCUUCAUUCCUUUCGUGGAAAGGAUUCUUUCCUCUGGCAAAGCUAAGUUUUAGCAUUUACCUUUUACAUUUUCCUAUUCUUUGGUGGCGUUAUGCCUAUUUACGCGAAAGGCUAGCGUUUGGUCAUUAUACAAUGCUUUGUGAAUUUAUCGUCAACCUUACGUUGAGUACCUUUGCUGCGCUACUGUCACACAUUCUGGUCGAAGCUCCUACCUCAAAUCUUUACAGAGCUUUUGUCAAGAGCAAACUGAACUGGGCAACAAUCAAGCUGAAACGCAAGAGUGUCAAAGUUCCGGAUCCAGCCGAUUUAGUUAUUUUUAAUCAUAAAUCAUAAUUUUUAAUUUUGUUUAUUCUCUUAUAAUCCUGAAAGGACUUCAAGGAAUCUUUUAAAUGAAGUGUGUUUUAGUUAGAUUUUUUAAUUAUUGUAUUCAAAUGCAACAAAACUGACAAUUUACAUAAUAGAAAUGUUCUUUUACGAAUAAAUAUUCUGAUUAUUUCGUGUAUUA